AUGUUCAGUGCUUGGGAUCGCCGGGAGCGGCCCCCAGAGGAAGGAGCAGCUUCAGGGCUCCAGGGCCUCGGUGUGGACAAGACCUUCCUGUCUUCCCUCAAAGGCAUCCUGCUGGAAACUGAGCUGGCUCUGACCUUCAUCAUCUUCAUCUGCUUCACGGCCUCCGUCUCUGCCUACAUGGCUGCAGCGCUGCUGGAGUUCUUUAUCACGCUCGCCUUCCUCUUCCUCUAUGCCACCCAGUACUACCAGCGUUUCGAUAGGCUUAACUGGCCUUGUCUGGACUUCCUCCGCUGUGUCAGUGCCAUCAUCAUCUUCCUGGUGGUCUCCUUUGCUGCUGUGACCUCGAGGGAGGGAGCUGCCAUUGCUGCAUUUGUUUUUGGCAUCAUCUUGGUUUCUGUCUUUGCCUAUGAUGCAUUCAAGAUCUACCGAACUGAGUUGAUGACCAGGACCACCGAGGGAGACCAACAGUGAUUCCAGGGUUACCUGGCUCCCACAGCCAGACACAGGAACCACAGAGCCCAAAUUUGUCAUCUUUGGAUUCUCUGAACCACCCAAGUGCCAUCAUCUAUUCCACAUCUAUAGAUAUGCGUGCUUGAGAAGUCCCAGGGGACCCAUGAAAGA